AUGGACGAUAUAAACUUCAACAAUUUCUCGGUUGUUCAACUAAAAAGAUGGCUUUCCGCGUUGGGAAUGCCAACUCAAGGCCUUAAGGCCGAAUUGAUGGCUCGUCUUGGGCGUGUUCCUCCCGAGGAGCGCGGCCAGGCACCACGCGAAGACGCCAACCCAAAUUCUGGAGAAGAUCGACCCGUUAACGAGGAUUCUGAAGAAGAUCAACCCGCUAACGAAGAAGAAGAAGUUCAAGGCGACGCCUCCGCCCAUCAACUUCAGGGCGCCGAGGGCAACGUGAACAUCGCACCAGCGGCUUCUCAGAGGGUGUUCUCCCGAGAUGCCCUUGAGCAACAUGAACUUCUUGCCAUCAUAAGGCAGCUGCAGGCGAAUCUGAUCGUGCUACCGACCUCAGACGACAAUGCAUCUGGUGGCGGCAUUACAAGCUCAAACGUUUUGCCAGCCCUGCAAGGCAUUGCAUCGAGCGGCAACAGCAGUGGUUUGGCAGUAUUCGGCUCAACGAAUAACAACACCGCCGUUUUCAACGCCGACGGAGCUGCCAGCCGAGCUGCAUCAGCAACAUCGUUAUCUUUCGCCAAAGAAGCAGCCAUAGACUUUGACGAAAACAUGUGUGCUCGCAUCUGGGUGGAGCACCUUAAGAACAUUGGUCAGGUAUAUGUUUUGGCCGACGACUGUCUAAGGAUGCUGUUCAUCACCAAGCUGAAGGGAAAGGCACAGCGUUGGUUACAUGCCAACCCCACUAGAAUGCUGGAACCUUUCGAGAGGCUAUGCGAGCAGCUGAUUAUGGCCUUCGGGCAAAUGUCUUCAAAAUCCGAGCAGCGUCGCAAGUUCGAGCAACGGAAAUGGCAACAAACCGAGCGUUUUGCCAUGUACUUCGAAGACAAGAUGAUGUUGGCUCAACCCAUCAACCUGGAGACAGAUGAGCUUUUGGAACAAAUCAUCGAAGGAGUGCCAUCAGCCAAUUUAAGGGAUCAAGCACGCAUUCAACGAUUCGCCAACCCGGAGCAGAUGCAGCAAGCCUUCGCAAAUAUCUGCCUCCCGCAGAUAAUCGAGACCAACGCAGCGAAGAAGACAUCUAUGGAGGCCUCUGGAAACAACGAAUUGCGCUGCAGAAACUGUAACUCCAAGGGCCAUUUCGCAAAGGAUUGCCGCAAGCCAAAAAGGGCUCCCGGAUCUUGUUUCGCAUGUGGAGAAAUGGGGCACUUCGUAGGGCAAUGCCCUAAGAGGAAGAGCGCCAGCGACAACAACAAUUAUAAUGUCUCAUAGACUCAGGCAGCGCGAUUUCAUUUAUAAAACUUUCCAAAGUCCCAUAUGGAAUACACAUUACUAAAGUUAAGACUUCAUAUUUUGGUAUAAAUAAGAGCCAACUUAAUGUAAAAGGAAAAACUUUGUGUUUUAUCAUGAAGAAAGGAAUAAAAAUUUGUUUUGAUUUAAUAAUUGUCGCUGAUGAGUCCAUGAGCCAUGAUGCAAUUCUGGGAAGGGAUUUCAUGGAUAUCUUUGGUUUAAGCAUUAAUCUAGACACCCUUGACACUAUUAAGGAUAGUAGUUGUAAUAUUAACAAAAAUAACUCACUGUCUCACACUUGCAACUUGAACCUUUAUUGUGGAACGAAGGAUCAACGACAUAGAAUGGCUGAUUUAUCUGAAGAUGUUUGUACGGAUUGUCUAGGACAUUUAACUGGAAAUGAAACUGUUAAGGAGCAACUGUUAGGAAAUGAAACUGUUAAGGAGCAACUGUUAGGAAAUGAAACUGUUAAGGAGCAACUGUUAGGAAAUGAAACUGUUAAAGAGCAACUGUUAGGAAAUAAGACUGU